AUGGACAACGAGGUGCCUCGCGAGAAUCCAGUGGAAGGGGAGAGGUCCGGCCCACGAGCGGAGGGACAUGACCUCCGACGAGCACCGUGGGCAAUGUGGGUUCUCGCAACCCAGGUCGGCUCGUGUGGCUGCCGUCGUCCGUCGCGGCCAAGCAUGACGGCGAGGUGCCAUGUCGAGGAGGGGCACACGAGGCAGAGGGAGGAGGUCCGGCUCACGAGCGGAGGGAGGGCCUCUCAGCACCGAGGCCAAGGACAGCUCGGCGUGCUCGGGGCAGGGCCGGUGCCGGCGGAGAGCCUCUCGGCGUCGAAUCCGGUGCCGUCAGUGCUGGCGGAUGGUCAGGGUGCCGGCCCAGGGUGCCCGCAGGAAGAGAGGUCAAGGGCGGAGGGCUUCGACGGCGCCGCAGGAAGAAUGCCACUCGUCCACACGCCUGGCCGUCGAAUCCUAUGCGGAACCGCACUCCAGGCCGACCAGGUCGGCCGUCGAUUUAUUUGCUUCCGUGGACGACGUCAAGGUCACAGGCCGGCGAGAACAUGCUUUGACGGCGCCGCAGGAAGAGUGCAGGUCGUCCACGAGCCUGGCCGUCGACGACAUCCAGUCCCGUCGGUGCUGGCGGAUGGUCAGGGUGCCCGCCAGUCGUCCACGAGCCUGGCCCGCACUCCAGGCCGACAAGGCCCGCCGUCAAUCUCUUUGCUUCCGUCGACGAAAUCCGGUCCUGUCGGUGCUGGCGGAUGGUCAGGGUGCCGGCCCAGUGUGCCCGCUGGAGGAGACGUCAAGGGCACAGGCCAGCGAGAACAUGCUUUGACGGCGCCGUAG